CAACUACAAAAAAAUUUCUUCUGCCGCUAUUUCCAAACGAUCAGUAACUUGUUACAAAAUGGCUUCAGUACAACCAUCGAAGCACUCGUGGGCUGACGAAAUUGAGGAAGAAGAAGAUGCCUUUCAACCAAAGGUGUUCACAGACGAAAACGGCAUCAAAACCAUUGUUGAAUUCCGAGAAAACGAAGAUGGCAAGACUGUAAAGGUCACACGAAAGAUCCGCUCGAAGCUCGUUACAGAAAACGUCAACAAGUCUGUUGCCGCGCGUAAAAAAUGGGUCAAGUUUGGCGAAGAAGAAGGCAACAAGCCCGGACCCGAUCUCUCUACAACCACCAUUGGUGAAAAUAUCCCAUUAAAGCUGGGCAGCACUGCCGGCAAGAGCGUCGAUACUGUUGCUGCUGAAGAGGCACAAGAGAAGCUCCAGCGACAGUCCAAGGCUAAGAAUAUCAUGUGCCGUAUCUGUAAAGGCGAGCAUUUCACAUCCAAAUGUCCUUACAAGGAUACGCUCCAGCCAUUGGAUGAGAUUGCCAACUCCAUUGAAAAUGCUAAGAACGAACGCGCCGAUACCCCAGACUCUGCAGCCGCAGCUGCCGAUGGACCUGGCGGUGGAAGCAAGUACAUUGCACCCCAUCUUCGAAAGGGCGCCGGUGCCGGAGCCGGUGAAUCCAUGCGCGACACCAAGCGCGAUGACAGUGCUACGCUCCGUGUCACAAACUUGUCUGAAGACGUCACAGACAACGACAUAUACGACCUGUUCUAUCGCUUUGGCCAAAUCGCCCGUGUAUAUCUUGCACGCGACCGUGAAACGGGCCUGUGCAAGGGCUUUGCGUUUGUGUCAUUCACCGACAAAAUGGAUGCCGAGCGGGCACAGCAAGCAAUCAACGGCUACGGUUACGACAACCUCAUUUUGCGGGUCGAGUUUGCACGCAGCUCAUAAUUCUGUUGUUGUUUGUUGUUGAUCGCCAUCUUCAUAACUUUUCCUCCUUUCGUACAUAAUAUCAACAUCUUUUCACGCACAAACAAAAAGAAGGAAAGUCUCUUCUGCCUCCCCAAAAGCUAUCAUUUGUACACUUUAUGAAAUACAAAAAAAAAAAAAGGUCAUGUGUGUGCAUGUUUUUUGCCACGAGAAUACAAUAAAUGCGCAUAUGCUUUUUUCUUGAUCAUCAAGCGCUAGCUACUACUACUACCCAGCCUGAUGCCGUGCCACAUCUUUUAUGACGUAAAAAUCGUAGCAACUCCGCC